UCAGCUGCUCUCGGCGCGGAGGGACGUCGCGGUGUGUUUGCGCUUCUUCUUGGAGACGCCAAUGCGCUUUUUACGCGCAGCCUGGCGCAACACGUGCGGAGUUUAGAGGAAGGAAUCAGGAAUAUUUCAGCUCAUCCUGGGGAUUCCCUCUGCUCCUCCUCCUCCUCCUCCUCCUCUUCAUCAUCGGCCCAGACACUGUUGACGUUCCCAUGGAAACCCUGGCCUCCAUUUGGGCCCGUGACCCCGGUGACCUCUGUGACCUCGCAGAGAAGCGACACGAGCCGUCGGCAGCAUUUGAGUCUCAAUGUGGUUUCUAUGGAUCUCCUCCUGCUGGUCUGAUGUGGACGGAGCAGAUUUCACCUCACCUGCAGAGAAACAAACAGCUGCAGGACACUCUGCUGCAGAGGGAGGAGGAACUGGCCAGACUGCAGGAGGAGAACAACAAGCUCAGAGAGUUCCUCAACUCCUCCUUCGUGAGGAACCUGGAGCAGAAGGCCAAGAAACUAACUGCCAAGGGAAGAAGGAUGCUGAAGAGGAACCUCAACAAUGAAACUUUCAACCAUCAGCAGCUCAGCAAGAGAGUCUGCAGGAACCUCACUGCCGAGUUCUGCUCCGAGUCCUCAACCCCCUCAGAACCAAACCUGGACCUCUGGGUGCUACGAACACUGGGACUGAAGGACCGAGACACCAUCGACACGCCCAAUGAGUCCUUGUCCGACUGCAGCCCCAGAGGUUUAGUUUACGAUGCUGCCGUCACGCCUUCGUCGUCUCCUGAAGACAACCUCAGCUCAUCGUUCGGUUCUCUGGUUGCCUCGUCAACGCCGUUGUCCGUCCACAGCUUCUGCCAAAGAUCCACUCAUGAUUACAGGUUCAGAGAAAGCCAACCAGACUGUGGAAAUCCUGCUGAGUCCAAUCAGAACUGCACCAGAUCAGGUGACGUCACUGCCGACAGACCAACCAAACAUCUUGAGGCGACCAGGAGCUGUAACACCUCCACUGCCUUCGAGAUCCGCUCCAUCGCUGCCGCUAGUCGAGUCCAAACUCUGGACUCAGAAAACCCUCCCAUGUUUUGGUCUCACAGCCGGACGCCAUCACAGGACUCAGUCCAGUUCAGCCCACCAACAGGAAGAGUCCACUUCCCCCAGAUGUCGACCUCCAACCAGCUUUGGACACCUGGCAGCCAGACUCCUGUCGAGUCCAAUCAGAACUGCAACAGAUCAGCUGACGUCACUGCCGACAGACCAACCGAACAUCUCGAGGUGACCAGGAGCUGGAACACCUCCACUACCUUCAAGAUCGGCUCCAUCGCUGCCACGAGUCGAAUCCACACUCUGGACUCUCAGGACUCAGUCCAGUUCAGCCCUCCAGCAGGAAGAGUCCACUUCCCCCAGAUGUCGACCUCCAACCAGCCCUGGACACCCGGCAGCCCAACACAUCCGUCAGCAUUACAUUGGUCUCCUGCAGCGCCGCCGAUGCCUUGCGGUCGCUCAGAUUUGGCGUUCAGCAUGUCGCUCAGCCCGUCCAGCAGCGUCAAAACCCACAGCUUCCCCCAGGGCCAGGCCUUCGUCAGGAAGGACACUGGAGGGCGGUGGAACUUCACCUGGGUGCCGAAACAAGGACCGUAGCGUCCUGGAGGUCGUCCAUUAGAAAGACAUUAAACAAACCAAAAGUUCAGGUCUGCAAGUCAAUGUUGGACCUUUUACUGGUUUGUUAAGACUUUCUUAACACAAAGAGCCUCACUUCCGACCACAACGAUGGACUUUACUGUGACGGUUUAAUGGGAAAGCUUCGAUAACGUGCCUUUUAUGGUCCUUCGUCAAUAAGGAUCCUGUUCAGAUUUUUUAAAAAACUGUGCAACGUUUAAUUCACUCGACUAAUCCGACAAAAAAUGUAUAAAAAAAACAUGAGACUAACCAGCCAAACUGUGAACCUUUUUACAGUUUAUAUGUGCAGCUAAUUACCUUACAAUAAGUCUAACACUAAACAUUAACAGGACUGCCUAAAGUGUCGUCUGUAUGCUGAGAUAUUUAUCUAGUUUGUCUGUCUAAAUUGUGUACAAGUCAAGCUGCCACAACUCUCAAUGACUUCAGAGUCUUUUGCAGGUGGUUUUAAGGUAGUUUUGGCUCAUCUGUGUCAAUUAAACAUGAAGAAAAAUUGAGUUGCAACACAAAAAACUGCCUAAGAAACAACAACAAAUCAGAUGUUUAGCAGGUUAUUAACACAAUUAUAGAAACUGGUACUACAACUAAAAGUUGAAAAUUAGUGUAAAUGUAACGCUAAAGCUGCCACUGGCUGGUUUGUGGGAUCGUUGGCUGUAACUGAAGAGCUGAGCUUAAUAAAAACGUCACUGCCGCUGUUGAUAAAGCAGUUUCCACAACAACAAAAACAGUUUCAGCUACCCAACAAGAUAAUACUCGAAGCAAGCAACCACUACAAUGCUAAUCCUCAAAUCCAAAUUGAUAAAGCGUAGUUGUGAUUGUUUUGUUUGUGCGGCAUAAAGCCUCGUAGGGGUUUAGCUAGCAAUGGGCCACCAUGACAGAGUCCUGCGUGGCGGUUAAUGACCUUCAAGUCAGCGCUAACCGGCAGCGAGUUACAAAACUUGUUUUUAGUUGCACAUCUUUGGAUGAACUUGACAUUUUAAACCGAGAUAAACUAGUCCUGAAAUAGUGAUCCGACUUCACAUCCAGCUGCCAUUUUAACUGAACGCAAAGCACUUUUUCAACAACUUCAAACACUAUAAACUCACCAAAUGUGCAUUUAACACAUUUAGAGCCAUUUUACAUGUGAUAAAGCUACAUAUUUUAAUCAGUGGUUUUCAUCUUGUCCUGUGGAAACCAUUUAUUUAGAGAAAACAGAAGAAACCCUUGGAAUUCUAAAUCAGUUUACGCUGUAUGUCGGCAAUAAAAUGUGAAAUGUGUUGUGUUUUGGGGAAACCACAACGAAUGAAAAUUUCUGAAUUUCAUCUUAUUUCUCUUUCAAAAACUCAGCACAAAAGCUAGAAAUGACAUGUUAAAUGGCCAAAAACCUCACAAAGAGAAGUUUUAAAUGUGAUGUUAACUGGAAAAUAUUGUUUUAAAAGCUGUAUAUUGUAUAAAAACAUGUCUGAAUACAUGUGGACGUGGGAGUUUUUUUUUCUUCAUGUGAUUAAUUUGUGAAAUUGUUUUGAUUUAACGGCAACAUAUCACAAACAGAUUAAAUGUUUACAUGUGAAAAAAUGAACGUUUCAUUUAUUAUUUACGUGUUAAAGUUCAAGCUAGAAAUGAUGUUUAUAUUAGUGCUACAUUACUAAAAUAUAAUUCACUGUGUGGUGGUAAUAAAA